UGCUGGAUGCAGAGCCAUUUCGUGAUGGUGAAGGUGCUACCUCAUGGGGUCCCCCACGACCGGCGAUCCAGAGGGAAGCUUCGUCCCCGCGCUUCUCCUCCUGGCCGGCGGGACGCUGGUGGCCGCCCUGCUGGGUGCUGCGCACCGCUUGGGGCUCUUCUACCAACUGAGGCACAAGGUGGACAAGGCCAGCGUCCGACAUGGUGGGGAGAAUGUGGCAUCUGUCCUGCGUGCCCAUGGUGUUCGUUUUAUCUUCACGCUGGUGGGCGGGCACAUCUCCCCGCUGCUGGUGGCCUGUGAGAAGCUGGGCAUCCGUGUGGUAGACACCCGCCAUGAGGUCACAGCCGUCUUUGCAGCUGAUGCAGUGGCCCGCCUGUCAGGGACGGUGGGUGUAGCAGCGGUGACGGCAGGCCCUGGCCUCACCAACACUGUGACAGCUGUGAAGAACGCCCAGAUGGCCCAGUCCCCAGUCUUACUCCUGGGGGGCGCUGCUGGCACCUUGCUGCAGAACCGUGGGGCGCUGCAGGCCGUUGACCAGAUGUCACUGUUCCGACCGCUCUGCAAGUUCUGUGCGUCGGUGCGGAGGGUCCGGGACAUCGUGCCCACCCUGAGGGCUGCCAUGGCUGCUGCCCAGUCGGGGACCCCAGGCCCGGUGUUUGUGGAACUGCCCAUCGAUGUGCUAUAUCCUUACUUCAUGGUUCAGAAGGAGAUGGUGCCCGCCAAGCCACCCAAGGGCCUUGUAGCUUGGGUGGUCACUUGGUACUUAAAGAAUCACCUGGCUAACCUCUUUGCGGGGGCCUGGGAGCCUCAGCCUGAAGGACCCCUGCCCCUGAGCAUCCCCCAAGCGCCCCCCCAGCAGGUCCAGCGCUGCGUGGAGAUCUUGAGCCGGGCCAAGAGGCCCCUGAUGGUACUGGGGAGUCAGGCCACGCUGCCCCCGAUCCCUGCCAACAAGCUGAGGGCUGCCGUGGAGUCGCUGGGCAUCCCCUGCUUCCUGGGGGGGAUGGCACGAGGGCUGUUGGGCCGCAACAACCCCCUCCACAUCCAGCAGAAUCGCAGCGCCGCCCUGAAGAAAGCGGAUGUUGUCAUUCUGGCAGGCGCUGUGUGCGACUUCCGCCUGUCCUACGGCCGUGUCCUCAGCCGCAGCAGCAAGAUCAUCAUCGUUAAUCGUAACCGCAAAGACCUGCUGCUCAACUCAGACUUGUUCUGGAAGCCCCAGGAGGCUGUGCAGGGAGACGUGGCCUCUUUUGUGCUGAAGCUGGAGGAGGGUCUGCGGGGCCACACAUGGGCACCAGACUGGGCGGAGGAGCUUCGAGAAGCCGACCGACAGAAGAAGCAGAUCUUCCAGGAGAAGGCAGCGAAGCCCACGGCGCAGCACCUCAACCCAGUGCGGGUGCUACAGCUGGUGGAGGAGACCCUGCCUGAGAGUGUGGUCCUGGUGGUUGAUGGUGGGGACUUCGUGGGCACUGCUGCGCAGCUGGUACGGCCCCGUGGACCCCUGUGCUGGCUGGAUCCUGGGGCCUUCGGAACGCUGGGGGUCGGCGGAGGAUUUGCACUCGGGGCCAAGCUGUGCCGACCAGAUGCUGAGGUUUGGUGCCUCUUUGGGGAUGGAGCAUUUGGCUACAGCCUCAUCGAAUUUGACACCUUCGUCAGACACAAGAUCCCAGUGAUUGCCCUGGUGGGGAAUGAUGCCAGCUGGACCCAGAUUUCCCGGGAGCAGGUGCCCUCUCUGGGCAGCAAUGUGGCCUGUGGCUUGGCCUACACAGAUUAUCAUAAGGCAGCUGAGGGUCUCGGGGCCCGAGGCUUGCUGCUUUCCCGAGAGAAUGAGGACCAGGCAGUCCAGGUGCUGCGAGAGGCCCAGCAGCAGUGCAGGGAUGGCCACCCGGUUGUGGUCAACAUUCUCAUUGGGAAGACUGACUUCCGGGAUGGCUCCAUCUCCGUGUAG